AUGAGCCAAUCGGCGACUUGGGAUGGCGUCAACAAGAAGCAUAGGCACUAUGUUCUCAAUUUCUUGGUGAGCUUGGCAUCACGGACGGUUGCGACGCGUCGACCACGCCGAUUAGCAGGCUUAGCCGGUCGCUUUGUAUCACGGUCUGGAGGGGCCUUGCUGGGCAACUUCCCGGGCUGUGACACUUCUCACGCAGAUCAAUCUGAUCCUUGCUAA